AUGGGAGGAGCGUGUUCAAGGAAACGAGAUCAACAGGUUGAUGAGGAUAGCCAACACAAUGGAGUUUCAGGCAGAUACUGCAAAAGUGGAAGUUCUAAAUGGCUUGCAUAUUCAUUUUCUCGAUCUUUUUCUGAUAUUAAACGCCGAACCACAACACCAUCGCUCAUGGAAUUAUGUAUUUAUAAAGUUUGCGAGGACAUAAAUAAAUAUAACUCCUUUUCUAUGUUGCCUAGAGACCUAAGUCAACAGAUAUUUGACGAACUGGUUUAUUCGCGACGGUUAAAUGAUGUCAACCUUGAAGCUUUUCGAGAUUGUGCUCUUCAGGAUAUGAAUCUGGGAGAAUGUGAAGGAUUCAGUGAUUUUUGGAUGGAUGUAAUUACUUCACAGGGUUCAUCUUUACUCUCUGCGAGUUUCGCAGGCCCUGAUGUUACUGAUUCUGGAUUGAGUCGUCUGAAGGACUGCCAAAGCCUUCAAACCUUGGCCUUUAAUUAUUGUGAACGGAUUUCAGACCAUGGGCUGGAGCAUAUAGCUGGUUUCUCAAACUUGUCAACCCUUAGUUUCAGGAGAAAUAACGUGAUUACAGCUCAAGGAAUGGCUGCUUUAUCGCACUUGAUUAACCUUGUAAAGUUGGACCUUGAGAGAUGCCCAAAGAUCCACGGAGGACUUGUUCAUCUUAAGGGUCUAACCAAGCUUGAAUCUCUUAAUAUCAAUUGUUGCAAUUGCAUUACAGACUCUGACAUGAGACCUCUUCAAGGACUUGUAAAUUUGAAAGCGUUACAACUUUCAUCCACCAAGAUUACUGAUUACGGGGUGACCUUUUUGAGAGCAUUACACAAGCUUGAAUUGUUGAACAUGGAGUGCUGCCUCGUGACAGGAGCAUGCUUGGAAUCUCUUUCAGCCCUUCGUGCCCUGUUGUAUCUGAAUCUAAGCAGAUGUAAUCUGACUGAUGAUGGAUGUGACAAGUUUUCAAAGCUGGACACUCUGAAAGUGCUGAAUUUGGGAUUCAAUGAGAUCUCAGAUGCUAUCUUGGUACACCUGAAAGGUUUAAUUUAUUUGGAGAGCUUGAACCUGGAUUCAUGUAAGAUCCAUGAUGAUGGACUGGUUAACUUGGCCGGGCUAAAUCAGUUGAAGUUUCUACAGUUGUCAGACACCGAGGUGGGAAGCAAUGGACUGCGUCAUCUCUCUGGUUUAAGAAAUUUGGAGAGCUUGAACCUAUCAUUUACUGUUGUUACUGAUGUUGGCUUAAAAAGGUUAUCGGGAUUAUCAAAUCUGAAAUCCCUUAAUCUGGAUUCUCGUCAGAUAACUGACGCUGGCCUUGGAGCUCUCACUAGUUUGACUGGAUUGACUCAUUUGGAUCUAUUUGGAGCUCGAAUAACCGAUUCUGGAACUAAUUAUUUGAAAUGUUUCAAAAAUCUACGGUCUCUGGAAAUAUGUGGAGGUGGAUUAACUGAUGCAGGUGUAAAGAAUAUCAAAGAUCUGGCUUCGCUUACUCUGUUGAAUAUUUCCCAGAACGGUCACCUGACUGAUAAAUCCCUGGAAGCAAUUUCUGGCUUGACAGAGCUCAUGUCAUUGAAUGUAUCCAAUUCCCGGAUAACAAGCGCUGGAUUGAAACAUUUGAAGUCUCUGAAGAAUUUGAAAUCACUUACCUUGGAGGCCUGCAAAGUAACUGCCAACGAUAUUAAGAAGCUGCAGUCAACUGACCUCCCCAAUCUGGUGAACUUUCGGCCAGAAUAA